AUGUCUGCUGUCUUUUCAAAACAGAACCGAUGGGAGCGUGUCUUGUUUUAUGCAAAAAAGGCACACGAAUUGGAUACUACAAAUACGAAAUCCAAAUUCAGAAUGGGACAAGCUUAUUUACGCCUUGAAAAUAUAGAACAAGCAAAGACAUUGCUUGAAGAUGUCUUGAAACAAAACCCUGAAGACGCAUUGGUGAAACAAGAAUUAGCUAAAGUAUCUUCUGCUAACAAAAAGAUGGAUGAUAGAGAGAAAAUGAUCUAUCAAGCCAUGAUGUCCAAACUAGCCAAUGAAAGGAGAAGUUAA